UUUUAUGACAAAUUCUUAUACAGAUUUAUGUAAAACACUUGAAGACAAAAUCAUUUCUACAAGUGAUAUUACAUCUGAUGACUCGAUAGAUAGUGGAUUGCAGGAUGAAAAUUCACUCGAUUCAAAUAUGUCUGAAAAAGUCAAUGUUAAAACCGUCCAACAAUGUCAGAUGAGUAAGAGUUGAGUGAAGUUCAAAUGAGUCAAACACUGGAUGAUGCAGAUCGAUCAAUAUCUCAAAACUUUGCGAAGAAUAUAGAAAAGCAGUUCAAUAAUAUGAUUAAAGAAAUUGAACUUCAACUUAGUACAUCCAUUUAUAAAGAAUAUGAUUCAUUAAUUCGAUUUCUACAAUAUCCAAUGAAUUUCAUUGAAAUACAAGAAAUAUCAACAUUAGUUAAAAGUGAUGAUUUUUCAUAUAAUUCAUUUAUAGCCUCAUUGGUGCAACAUGCAUAUGAUUUGAUUGAAUUAGGUUUAGAAAGUCAAUUCAUUAAGCUUUUACAAGUUUUCAUUUCCUUAUCUAAAGCACCUAUGUUGGAGUCUGUACCAUUAGAAAUGAAAUGGAGUUUAGAUGGAUUAUCGAAUACUGGUCAAAAUGCCAUACAUUAUUUUUUAUGUUCAAAUGGAAUUUGUGAUCUGAUUAUACGAUGUAUAGAAAAUCCUAAUACUUCUGAAACGAUUUUUGUCAUGGCAAAUGAGUUGGCAAUUAACCUUUUAAAGCACAGUAAUAAAUAUGUACAGGAAUGUUUCUAUAUUAUUCUGUCGAAACCUAAACAACAUGAAGAUUUCUUCAAUUCUAUGUUUCAACGUCUUCAUAAUGCUUAUAGUCAAAUGGAUAACUUAACAAAAAAUAGAUUCUUUUGUAAAGAAGAAUUUACAAGAACUACAAAUUAUUUAGAUUGUUUCAAUUCAUUAAUAACUGGCAAGAAUAUAUCAGUACAGAUAAGUUUACAAUUUUUACAAACUUUAUGUCGUAGAAACAAUUUAAGACUUCAGGAACUUUUGCGUGUUCAACCACAUAAUGUGACAAAUUUCAAUUUAAUUGAAGAAAUCAAGUCGUUAUUUAUUAAUUUGUGGAAAAUAAAUGAUAAGUUAAUUAAUGCUGCUACCUUUGACAGUAACAACAAAAACAAUCAUACUAAUGAUAGUAAUAAUAAUGAUACUCUGAACUAUUGUUAUAUUAAUCAUAAAACACCACAUAGUAAACAGAAAUGUUUCAACAGUACGGAAAACAGUCCCUUGAAAAUUGUACAGAAUAAUAUGAACAUUAUGGAGCCAAUAAUGAUAUAUCAAAGAAAAUUUAAUAAGUCAUUAUUCCUUGAAAUGAAUCACAAUCAACAAAGUGUACAAAUUCAAAAAAAUAAUUCAGUGCAUUUUAUUCAACCUGAAAUUAUAAUACUUAUUUUGACUUGUCUAAUUGAAUUUUGUCACGGUCCUUGUUUGAAUAAUCAAAAUGAAAUUUUAUUCGGAAGUCCGAAUAUUUUACACUUACUAGUAAACUUAAUAUUGUGUACACCAAAAUGGAUUAGAAAUAAUAAACUUGAAGAUAUAACAUGUUCACUUGCUGAAAUUAGCUGUUUGUCAAUUAAGCUACUGUUAGCUGUGUUGGAAGGUCGCCAUGAAGAUAAAGUUUAUCAACAACUAAUUGAACUCUGUCCAUUAGAUAAGUUAAUAAGUACAAUUCAUUAUUACCAUAUUUUGUCAGAGGAUUCAGAUUUUGCAACGAAUCAUCCACGUGAAUCAUUUCAUAAAUGCGGACAUUUGUUAUUUAUAUUGACACAAUAUUUGUAUAGGUGUUUCCCAGCAAUUUUUAAACAUAUGAAGACAUCUGAGAAUCAUGAUCAUCAUAUUAAUAAUCAAUUAUCAAGCUUCAAAUGGUCUGAAUCAAAUUCAUACAAUACUACAGAAGGAAAAAAUUGUUUGUACGAAAUGAAAUGUACAGAUCAUAACAAUAUUCCAUUGAAUGGUACAAGAAAGUUGGAUUUUAAUAACACUAUUAUAAAACGUUUGAUUAAGGGUAAAAGUGAUAUUAUUUUAAGCCUUCAACAUUAUACCAUUAAUACAGCACAGAUAGAGAUCGUACGUGAAGACAAUAGAAUUGAACGUAUAGUUUAUCCAAUUCCUAAAAUAUGCCACUAUUUAACUGAUUCUAAAAAACAUCAAUUAUUAGCAAUAAAUAAUAUGGAUAAUGAUUAUUCGAAAAUUCCUUCAUUAUUUAAAAUAAUUGAAGAGAUUUAUGCUGAAAUGUUAUGUGCUGAACAUAUGCUUAUUCAUCCAUGGAUUCACUGGUUUUCACUGAGAUCCCAAUGGAUAUCGGAUGCAAGUUUUUAUCGAACGUUAUGUUUGAACUGUUUAUUAAUUAGUUUCUAUCCAUUUCGAGGAGAAUGCUUAUGUAAGUUAUAA